GCAUCAGUGGCUGCAGAAGGGAGGGAGAUCCCAUCCGGUCCAGCAGUGAUUUCUCAUCCUCCCGCUUACGUCUUUGACUCCGCCCCUCCACAGCCCUGCCUGGAGCUCAGUCUCAGAGCCCCUCUCCAGAGCAGCGGACGGAGCCCACCACCAUUCGCCGCUGCUGCUGUUUUUCCGUGCUGACCUACUGAUAUAAUGGCCUCCGAUGGUAUGGAUGAACGAUCCCCGCUGUUGUCAGCACCGAACUCGGGGAAUGUCACGCCCACCGCUCCGCCGUACCUGCAGGACCAGAGCCCGAGAGCUGAAUUACCUCCACCCUACACAGCUAUCGCCAGUCCAGAUGCAGGGGGAGUUCCUGUCAUUAACUGUCGAGUGUGCCAGUCUCUUAUAACUCUGGAUGGCAAGCUCCAUCAGCACGUGGUGAAGUGCACCGUCUGCAAUGAGGCCACGCCUAUAAAAAAUCCACCAACAGGAAAGAAGUAUGUUAGAUGUCCUUGCAACUGCCUGCUAAUCUGUAAAGACACAUCUAGGAGGAUAGGAUGCCCUCGGCCCAACUGCAGACGGAUCAUCAACCUGAGUCCUGUGAUGGUGAUCCCAGAGGAGCAGCCCGCCCAGCCAGCUCUGCCAGUCCAGCCUGAGGGCAUGCGCGUGGUCUGCGGCCACUGCGGAAACACAUUCCUUGGCAGCGAUGAUGAUGAUGAUGAGUGCUCCCAGUCUUCCUCAGGCCUGGCUAUUCGCGGCCCCUCUGAUCUUUUCAAGUGGAUGGAGCUUCGAUUCAAUACACUGGCCAAGUGCCCACAUUGCAAAAAAAUAUCCUCUGUAGGCAGUGCUCUACCCAGAAGGCGCUGCUGUGCCUACAUUACAGUAGGAAUGAUCUGCAUUUUCAUCGGUAUCGGUUUAACGGUUGGCACUCAGGACUUCGCCAGGCGUUACCACGCUACUUACGUGUCCUGGGCCUUCGCGUAUCUCCUGGGUCUCAUCUGUCUGGUACGGGCCUGCUACUGGGGUGCGAUUAAAGUCAGCUAUCCAGAGAACACCUUUGCGUAGACAAAGCGUCCAUCCUUCAAGUCCUUAGUGUUUGAUUUCUCUUGAUUUGAACAGGUUAACUGUUACAAGAACAUAAGAAUCCAGGGGGUUUAGGUACUUGCAAAUGUUUCAGAUUGAGUUAUUGAUUAGCUCUGAUGUAACUGAUUUGAACCCGCAAUAUGAUGGCUUGAGGAAUUAAAGUGAAAUCAGUGAUUCAAAAACUAGAAAAAUAAUACAAAUAAUCCAUUUGUGGUACACCUCUUGGAAUUGUCAUGGUGGGUGGAUAUCAAACAUAUUUUACGUACUGCAUUUUGUUACCAACUUGACCAAAAGAGAUGAUCUUUUAUGAACAAUUUGCCCAUUGCACUACGAUUUUAUGCAAUUCUUCUGUUGUGUUGCUGCUAGUUACUACAGCCGUUCUGAGCUGAGAGAUGUUAUGUGUUCAGAGAGCCUGCCAGCACCCACGGUGGCACUAUCUGUCAUGUUCAGAUAUAUUUAACUGUUCUUAAAAUGCUGUGCCAACAUGUUUUUUUUUUGUUCAGUGUCCGUUAGGGGAUCUCCCUCUGAUGAAAUUUAGCAGUAUUUCCAAACCCAUUUAGGCUGCUCAAACUCACUGUGAGCAAUAAUUAUGCAUUUUUUGUGGCUUUAAAAGAAAAACUGCAUGUACACAGUCACUGGAGCUCUAAAACAAAACUCUGGGUUCAAUGCAACUUAAGCUCAUUCAAUAGUUUUUGUGUCAUGAUAUUGAUUGAUUAGCACAAAAAUCAUUUUGACGAAAUGGAAGUGAAUGGGACCGAUUCAUAAACAUUCAAAUACUCUGUCGUUCGAUAGUAUAGCAGCAAGACAUUUGAGCAGCAAGAUUUUAUAUGUGAAAAAACUUCAGCUUACAAAGGCUGAAUUUAUUUAAUCAAAAAUACAGUAAGGACAGUAAUAUUAUAAAAUAUUAUUACAAUUUCAAAUAUUUAAAAAUGUAAUUUAUUCCUGUGAUGGCAAAGCUGAAUUUCCAGCAUCAUUACUCCAGUCUUCAGUGUCACAUGAUCCUUCAGAAAUCAUUCUAAUGUGCCAGUUUGAAAACAGUUGUGCUGCUUAAUAUUUUUGUGGAAACUGUGAUGCAUUUUAUUUUUCAUAUUUCUAAUAUGAAUAGGAAGUUCAAAACUUUUAUUUGAAACAGAAUUUAGUUAAUCUUUAAUGUGUCCUUGUUGAAUAACAGUAUUAAUGUAUUUGCAAUAAAUAAUAAAUAUGACAAAAGAACACCUAAAACAACUUAAAAAAAUGACUGUUGUGCAGAAGAAUUAAUGUAAGUGCAUUUAUAAAAUUAUAAGCUUCACAUUUCUAAAAACUGGCCCCAGUCACUUCCAUUCUAACUGUAACCUUUAAACUGUUUAAAGAAAACAAGUUGAAAAUACAUAUUGUUGUGGCCACAAAUCCUUGAUCUUAACUUGUAUUGAACCUGAAAUAUUCCUUUAAUUUAACUCACUGAUCAGACACUUGGUGAAUGGGAAAUGACAUGUGCAUGAUUUUAAUUUGAUUCUUUUGUACUCAGAAACAGUGUUUUGUUAGUCUGUUACCGACAGGGCACAGUGGAAGUGUUACGCCAUGUGUCUAGUGCUCUUUCCUGUGUGUAGAAUGUAAACACCCCACUGCUACCCGCCUAAUUCCACAACUCACCACAACCUUGCUAGUAUUGCUGUAGCUUACAUUUACAGUAGUUCGGUAUUUUGUCAAGACAAAUGGAGAUAACUAUACUAUCUAAACUUGUUCUGAAUGUGACAAGCCAGUGAAGUCCUUGUACAUUGGAAACUGAGCACACAAAGUCUGUAGUUCAAGUUGGAAUAUGGCUUGGGUCUUUUUAAAACAAUAAUUUCUCAAUAAAAUGCUAAAAUAUUCCCUGCCCUUUGACGGUGUGAUGCUUUGUGCCAGCUUGACAUGAAAUGUCAUUUUAUUUUUGGAGUAUAAUUGCAAAUAUGUUAUUUUGCAUUGCACAAAAGCCUCCUGAUUUCCUUUCAUUUGGCACACAAGGCGUGAUUUGCUUUGUAACAAGUGGCAUCAUUAGUAUUUUUGAUAAGAAUAUUCUUGUCUCUACUGUCACACAGGCUUGUUAAUUGAAGAUUCAGGAAUGCUCUGUGUGUCUGUUUAAUGCAGACAUGUGACAUAAUUCGGGAAGAAGCCAACACCAAAUGGUCUUUCAAAGGUCAGGCUGUCAUUAGAGUGAACAUGGUCACCUAAAGCAGCGGACAACAGGGCCCCGCUUGUUGUUAUUCACAUACACUGAUUAGACCUCUUCCUCAUAUCUUG